CACGCAGCUUUGCUUUGUCCACUAGAGGGCGGAAGCUGACGUCACGGUGACGUCUGUAUGGUGCGCCGGAACAGUCGUUUGUAGUACAGCUUGCAUUCUCUGGACAUCUAGCAAGAUCGAGAUUUUCAUCCUGUGGUAAAUAAUGCACGGACGUGUUAAAGUAAAGUCGACCGCACAGCAGGAGGAAGAAAAGAAAAAAGAGAGAGAGAAAAAGCUGAAAGUGUUUGUAUCUGCUCGAGAUGCUGUGUUAAAAAAGAGGAGUGCUGGGGAAAAUGACGAUGAAGCUUUGCAGUUGACGCAGCAGCUCCUUUCCUCCAACCCAGACUUUGCCACACUGUGGAACUACAGGAGAGAAGUUCUGAUGCACCUGGAGACGUCACGAGAAAAAGAUGAUGUUCAGAAACUCUACGAGUCUGAGCUGCACUUUAUUGAAGCCUGUCUAAAAGUGAACCCCAAGUCUUAUGGCAGCUGGCACCACCGCACUUGGGUCACCGCGCGUCUGCCCCGACCCGACUGGAAGCGAGAACUCGGCCUCUGCGAUCGCUGUCUCAGCCUGGAUGAACGCAAUUUCCACUGUUGGGAUUACCGGCGGAUGGUGGUAAAGGCAUCCGGUGUUUCAGUGGAGCAGGAACUGCAGUUUACAGAUCAACUGAUUGGCUCCAAUUUCUCCAACUACUCCAGCUGGCAUUACAGAAGCACGCUGUUACCACAGCUCCACCCAGAGCCUGACUCCGCCCCCAAUGCAAGCUCCUCCCCUACAGCCUCGCCUCAAACUCAUCACUCACACAGAGUAUGUGAAGAGCAGCUUCUGAAAGAGUAUGAGCUGGUUCAUAAUGCCUUCUUCACCGACCCCAAUGACCAGAGCUCCUGGUUCUACUACCGCUGGCUGCUGGGCAGAGCGGAGCGAGAAGAGAUGAUCAGUUGUGUAUACAUCAAUAGGGAGGGUGAGACAGUGGCUGUCGCUUUCUCCAAACCCGUUCAUGGUCUGCCCGGGGGUCUCAUGCUGGUGUUAGAUGGUCAGCCUCAACAGGUGGAGUGGAGACGUGUUCAUCCACGCUUUCGUCACAGCCCUGUCUGGCUGUGUGACCUUCCACCCGGCUCUAUCAGCGACAUCAAUAAUGAACACAACCUGACCAUCCACUGGACAGAGAAACACAUACACAGAGACUGUGCUCUCUAUACAGGUGCUUUUGAAAGUUGGUGCAGAGACUCUGCCACAGACCAGGAGCUCUUCAGGAGUGAGUUGUCUGUAGAAAAGACCUCUGUGCUACAAGCUGAACUUCAGUCCUGCAAUCAACUUUUGGAGCUCGAACCUCAGAACAAAUGGUGUCUGCUGACUAUAAUCCUCUUAAUGAGAGCUCUGGAUCCACUGGGUCAUGAGAAGGAAACCUUGGCUCAUUUUCAAACCCUUAAAGAAGUGGAUCCAAUGCGCUCUUCUUACUACAGUGAUCUGUGCAGCAAGUUUCUGAUUGAAAACACCAUUCUGAAAAUGGAGUAUGCAGAAGUUCGAGUGUUUAGCCUGUCAAAUAAGAACCUGUCGACCCUGUGUCACCUUGAUCAGCUUCUCUUGGUGACCCAUCUUAACCUCUCCUCAAAUCAGCUUGUGAGGCUGCCGCCUCAGUUUGCAAUGCUGAGAUGCCUCGAGGUGCUGGAAGCAGAUGAUAAUGCCAUUGAAGAUCUGGAGGGUGUAUACAAUCUACCUAAACUAGAGGAAAUCUCUCUGAAGAAUAAUCAAAUCUGUAAACUAUCUGAACUUAAAGUGUUGGCAUCCUGUCCCAAACUGACCAUGCUGGAUCUCAGAGGAAACUCUGUCGGUCAAAUUGCCAACGCACAAUCCGAGUUAGCCCAGCUGUUGCCAUCGGUUACAUCCCUGUCUCUUUGAUACCCACUAUUAACUGAUGUGUGUCUGUGUGUUUGUGUGUCAUUGGAUGGUCUGUGUGUUGGUGUUUGUGUUAUUAACUGUACUUCUUAAGGGUCUAAUAAGACUUCACCAAUGUUUAGUUUUCAACUGUACCUCGUGCACUGGGCCUAAUCAGAUUUUGAAUGAAACGUUCACUCAAAACAAUUACAUUUUCUGUCAUUAUUUAUUUGCCUUCUGUUGUUCCAAACUUGUUAUUAGUCUAAGAUUAUUUCAUUCAAACACUUAAUAACAUUUCUAAUAAUAUGAUCAUAUUUUUGUAGCUUAAGAUAGAGAGCAAAAGUGUCUUGUAUUCCAAUUAUUUCUCUUUAUCACAACUCUUAAAUAUUAUUCAGACUGAUGUGUCGUGUUUGGUUACAGCACAAAUGUUGUUGUUUUGGUGAUAUGGACGUGAGACACAUUGCUGCAUUAUUUGAUAUGUCGUGAGGGGACUUGCAUGCAUACAUGUCACAAACAUAUAGUAGACAAACCUAUUGACAUCAGAAGACGUGCACAUGUGUCAUAUGGACAGAUGUUAAAUAUAUGGAAAAUAAAAGUGGCAAAAGUCUUUAAUAUUCUUUCAUGGAAAACUAUUUCAGUGGGUUAAGCAAAUAAUGACAGGAUUUUUUGUUACAUGAACUCUUUAAAACCUGUGUUAUAUGUAUGUGUGUGAUAAAAUUAUGAUGAACAUUUCAGAUCAAUUUUAACCAGUAACAACAUAAACAAACGGCUUUUGUGCACCAAACUUAACUUCCGGUAAACUUCCACAAAUAAUCAAUAUCAACAGUGUUCGAAUUAUGUCAGAGAUUAUGGGGGUCCCCGAGCCCCCUCUCGUCAUUAUAGAGUUGCAGUGAUUUUUGAUGUGAUCCUUGAUCAACGUUUUAAUCAAAGAAACCCCACUUAAACCCUAAUCAUUUUUACCCCUCAAAUUAGUGUAAAAUAAUAGUAUAAGAGAAAUUUUUAAAAGCCCCUAACCUAAAGAUAAUAACUGAUUUAUACAAUCAACAAGGUAAAAAUAUUCCACAUGCAGAGACAUUAACUCGUCUGUCAAUUCCUCCAGAGAACAGCAUGAAGCCCACUUGAGAAUUUUCAUUUAUUUUAGACAGAAAUCUGUUGGUUUAGUUUAUUGCGAAAAUGGGACAAAUAAUGGAUUCAGCAUCGCUAAUUAAUAUUUUUGUGCUUUCAAUGCUUAUAGGCGUUCUGGGACCACCAGCCCCCCUAAUUCGAACACUUAAUAUCAACACUGGGUCCUUUUACAGUAGUUUAUUUCUGAUAACAAGCAAAAUAAAUAACCAGUAAAUUACCUUUAGUUACCACGUCUCCCCUCAUCUUUAGAAAACCAAACCAUUUUUAUUUUCCACAAGGUAUUUGUUUCAGAUGUCAUUUUAACCACUAGCCAGACUGAUAAACAAACAGACCGGAAGUUAACUUUGGGCCAGGUGUGUAACCGUGUCAAAUACUGUACUGAAACUGUCUAUAUAUACUGUAAACAUCAUUUUGCAUGCUGAUGGAUUUCCACGUCUGCAUUUAGACUUAAAACUAUGACUGUAAAGGUUAUGUUUAAGCUGAAAUGUGGUGAUUGCAAUUAACAAAACUAUUAUUUUAAAGUUCUGCUUUCUCAUUCAUAUUAUGAGACUUUAUGAAAAUAAAGCAACAUGUUACUGCC